CCUCCGAGCAAGAUGUCUCUCAUGAACACAUUGUCUCUUACUUUAGCUAUUCUGUUGGGUCUUGCAUUGGUUGAUGCAAAUUAUUUUGAUGAUUCUGGGAGCCAAGAAACUAGCGUAGAUUAUGAAGAAAAUACAUUUUCAGCAGAAAAGAGCAAUAUCAUUGGGCAAGACGAUCAUAACGAUGAACUAUUGCAUUCUAUCAGUUUUGAUAAGGCUAUUGUAGCAUUCCUAAAAUUUUGCAUAACCGUGAUGCAAGAAAGUAGUACCAAAUAUGAAAUUCACAAGGAUAUAAAGUACAAAAGAUGCCACAGAGAAGAAAAUUCAUUGAUUUGCAUUGCACUGAAUUACUAUGACCUUGAAAAAUAUAUGAAUUACCGUUACUAUGCAGGUUCCAAUAAGCGAAGUAAAUAUGGAUAUGACAUGUAUGAAGAUGAAAAUUUGCUAGUGGAGCAGCAUCUGAAUAAUGAUGAAGAAUUUAAUUCACUGGAAGAAGAAGAAUUAAUUUCUGCUCUAAAAUCAAAUUUGCUAAAAGAGAAAGAUUUGGAUCUGAAUUCAGAAUUAGGUUUUCCAGAAGAUCAAGAAAUCCCUCUCAAUGCAGCUUUAGAUUUACUAGAAGAAGUCACUCAAGAUACAGAAAUAGAUUUACGAGAAGAGCAGGAUUUGGCUCCUAUUCCAGAAUUAGAUUUGCCAGAGGAGCAGGAACUGAAUUCUAAUCCGGAAUUAGAUUUGCCAGAGGAGCAGGAACUGAAUUCUAAUCCGGAAUUAGAUUUGCCAGAGGAGCAGGAACUGAAUUCUAAUCCGGAAUUAGAUUUGCCAGAGGAGCAGGAACUGAAUUCUAAUCCAGAAUUAGAUUUGCCAGAGGAGCAGGAACUGAAUUCUAAUCCGGAAUUAGAUUUGCCAGAGGAGCAGGAACUGAAUUCUAAUCCGGAAUUAGAUUUGCCAGAGGAGCAGGAACGGAAUUCUAAUCCGGAAUUAGAUUUGCCAGAGGAGCAGGAACUGAAUUCUAAUCCGGAAUUAGAUUUGCCAGAGGAGCAGGAACUGAAUUCUAAUCCAGAAUUAGAUUUGCCAGAGGAGCAGGAACUGAAUUCUAAUCCGGAAUUAGAUUUGACAGAGGAGAAGGAAUUGAAUUCUGGAACGGAUUUAGAUUUGACUAAGGAGCAAGAAUUGGCUUCCAAUACAGAAGCAGAUUUGCUAAAGGAGCAAGAAUUAAUUUCUGAUAAAGAAUUAGAUUUGCCAGAGGGGCAUGAAUUGGCUGCUGAAACAGAAUGUAAUGUUCUACAGGAACAAGAAAAAAUUCCUGAUCCAGAAUCAAGUACACCAGAGGAGCAAAAAGUAACUGCUGAUCCAGAAUCAAAUACACCAGAGGAGCAAGAAGUAACUCCUGAUCCAGAAUCAAAUUUACCAAAGGAGCAAGAAGUAACUGCUGAUCCAGAAUCAAGUACACCAGAGGAGCAAGACGUAACUCCUGAUCCAGAAUCAAAAACAUUAAAGGAGCAAGAAGUAACUCCUGAUCUAGAAGCAAAUACACCAGAGGAAGAAGAAAUGCCUCCCGAUGAAGAAUGCAUUACACCAGAGUAGCAAGAAUUGUCUCUUGAAUCAUAAUUAAGUGUGCUGUAAAGUCAAUAAUUUUACUUAAGCAUUGAUUAAAGACUUAUCAUAGAUAUAAUAGCAAAACAAUGCUUGAUGCAUGAAAUUCACCCUACUAGGAGCUUUGCCUAAAGGCCAUGAAAUAUUUAUCAAAUAAUACUAAACAAUAAAAUAAUUUCUUAUGGCUUAAGAUUAGUAAUAGCAUACUGAGAGCACAAAGAAAGAGAGUUUAGACAAUGCUGGUGGCAGGUACGUGAUAUAAAGCAAUAAUACAAUGUAGUUCAUUAGCAUUAGAGACAAUAAACACUAAACACUGAGAAAUAUA